CACCUCCCGCAGCGCAGGGAUCUUGGGGGAGCGGCCUGGGUCGCAUCCCAGAGGAUCCGCGGAGUCCUCGAGUGGGGCGCCGCCUCGCCCCGCCUUGGCUGGCUCCUCCUCGCGCCUCAGGAAGGCUCAGGGACGGGAGUCUCCCUCGCACCCCAGCCUAUCGUCUUGGAGCCGGCCGGCCCGCAGAGCUCUGUGGGGCCCCCCGCGCGAGGGCCCUCCGAGUGGUUCCGGGGUUAGGGUUCACAGGUCAGAGUUGACUCCCUGAAAAGUGCAGUCGCUCUGAAAUGCAAGAUGGCGGCGGCGAGGCGCUGAGGCGCGGCGGCCCCUGCAGGAGAAGACUGCUAGCUACUUUGGGACAAUUUGUGAUGAUGGCCUGAGCCAAGUACCUCAUUUGAAGGGAUAACCUUCUGCUUUAAUGAACAGAGAGAGUGCUGAGGAAGCAAUGGCAGAUUUUUUGAGAGAGGGGAAGACAACUAAACUCUUUCUGCAUAUGAGCUGUGAAGAAAACACCUCUUGUUUGCCUUUGAGGUGAUUGGAGUUGUGCUUCAUACAUUUCAGCAGUUCAGCAGUGUUGUAUCUGCCAGCUAAGCUUUUUAUUUGAGUGCAUCAUGGAAACACUAUUAGUGAGACUUGUUGAGCACAAAAGUGGACUUGAAGAGCCAGAGGCCACUGUUUUCAAAUGAAGGAUUCCAAACAGUUUUAAACCUCAGUGCUCUUACGUCACCACUGAGAUCUCCCCCACUAGAAUCAAAAUGGCAAGCAGACGGAAAUCAACAACGCCUUGCAUGGUCCUUGCCAGUGAGCAGGAUCCAGAUGUUGAGCUGAUAUCAGAUUUGGAUGAAGGCCCUCCUGUCCUUACGCCCGUAGAGAACACUAGAGCAGAGAGUGUGUGCAGCGAUGAAGAAGUUCACGAGUCUGUGGAUUCUGACAAUCAGCAAAACAAAAAAGUGGAAGGGGGAUAUGAAUGUAAAUAUUGUACUUUCCAAACUCCAGAUCUAAAUAUGUUUACUUUCCAUGUAGAUUCAGAGCAUCCCAAUGUUGUGCUGAAUUCAUCCUAUGUUUGUGUUGAAUGCAAUUUUCUUACCAAAAGGUAUGAUGCACUUUCUGAGCAUAAUCUGAAGUACCACCCAGGAGAAGAAAAUUUCAAGCUAACCAUGGUGAAACGGAAUAACCAGACAAUCUUUGAACAAACAAUAAAUGAUCUAACUUUUGAUGGCAGUUUUGUUAAAGGGGAGAAUACAGAGCAAGGAGAAUCUAUAGAUGUUUCUUCUUCGGGAAUCUCCAUUAGUAAAACUCCCAUCAUGAAAAUGAUGAAAAGUAAAGUAGAAAACAAACGCAUUACAGUCCACCAUAACUCAGCUGAGGACACCCCUGAAGAGAAAGAGAACGGAGUAAAAGCAAGCCAGGGAGGAAAUGUAGAAAAUGCGAAUUCUUCAGCUUCAGAAUCCAGUACAAGUACUUCCACCGUCAACAGAGCACAUCCCAAUCCCGCUGGCACAGUGGUGACGCCCACAGCUGUUCUUCCGGGCCUAGCCCAGGUGAUAACUGCAGUGUCUGCUCAGCAGAACUCGAACUUGGUCCCUAAAGUCUUAAUCCCUGUUAAUAGCAUUCCUACCUACAAUGCUGCAUUGGAUAACAAUCCUCUUCUACUUAAUACCUACAACAAAUUCCCCUAUCCUACAAUGUCAGAAAUUACAGUUCUUUCUGCUCAAGCAAAGUAUACAGAGGAACAGAUCAAGAUCUGGUUUUCAGCCCAACGCUUAAAGCAUGGUGUUAGUUGGACUCCUGAAGAAGUAGAAGAGGCAAGGAGAAAACAGUUCAAUGGAACAGUACAUACUGUACCUCAGACCAUAACUGUCAUUCCUACACACAUUUCUGCGGGGAGUAAUGGGUUACCAUCUAUAUUACAGACAUGCCAAAUAGUUGGUCAGCCAGGUCUGGUCCUUACCCAGGUAGCUGGAACAAACACCUUGCCAGUAACAGCACCCAUUGCCCUGACAGUGGCAGGGGUUCCAAAUCAAACAAAUGUACAGAAGAGCCAAGUGCCUGCUGCUCAGCCUGCUACAGAAACAAAACCAGCCACAGCAGCAGUUCCAUCAUUGCCAAGCGUCAGGCCUGAAGCUGCACUCGUGAACCCGGAUUCAUUUGGCAUCCGGGCCAAAAAGACUAAAGAACAGCUGGCAGAACUGAAAGUUAGCUACCUUCAAAACCAAUUUCCCCAUGACUCAGAAAUCAUCAGGCUUAUGAAAAUAACAGGCCUUACCAAGGGCGAGAUUAAAAAAUGGUUUAGUGAUACGAGGUACAACCAGAGAAAUUCAAAGAGCAAUCAGUGCUUACAUCUCACGAGUGACUCUUCUGCCACCAUCAUCAUAGACUCCAGUGACGAAACCCCAGAGCCCCCAGCUGUAGCUGCUUCGCAGCAGAAACAGUCCUGGAACCCCUUUCCUGACUUUGCUCCCCAGAAGUUUAAAGAGAAAACUGCAGAGCAACUUCGUGUUCUUCAGGCAAGUUUUCUCAAUAGUUCUGUACUUACAGAUGAAGAACUAAAUAGGUUAAGAGCGCAAACCAAACUUACUAGAAGAGAAAUUGAUGCUUGGUUUACAGAGAAGAAUAAAACAAAAGCUUUAAAGGAUGAGAAAACAGAGGUAGAUGAAAGUAACGUAGGUAGUUCCAAAGAAGAGCCUGGAGAGAGCUCUCCUGGAGAGGAAGCAGCUGCCCCUAAGUCAGGAGGCACCGGCAAGAUAUGUAAGAAAACGCCAGAGCAGCUGCACAUGCUUAAAAGUGCGUUUGUCCGGACACAGUGGCCGUCACCAGAAGAGUAUGACAAAUUGGCUGAAGAAAGUGGACUUGCCAGAACAGAUAUAGUUAGUUGGUUUGGGGACACCCGAUAUGCUUGGAAGAAUGGAAACUUGAAAUGGUACUACUACUAUCAAAGCUCCAAUUCAAGUAGUUUGAAUGGUCUGUCUUCCCAUAGGAAAAGGGGGAGGGGCAGACCCAAAGGACGGGGCCGGGGCAGACCCCGUGGGAGGCCUAGAGGAGGCAAAAGAAUGAACACCUGGGACAGGGUACCAUCGCUCAUAAAGUUCAAAACUGGAACAGCAAUACUUAAGGAUUAUUACCUGAAGCACAAAUUUCUUAAUGAGCAAGACCUUGAUGAACUUGUCAACAGAUCACACAUGGGCUAUGAGCAGGUCAGAGAGUGGUUUGCAGAAAGACAGAGAAGAUCUGAGCUAGGUAUAGAGUUAUUUGAGGAAAAUGAAGAGGAAGAGGAAGUUAUUGAUGAUCAGGAAGAAGAUGAAGAAGAAACAGAUGAUAGUGACACUUGGGAACCCCCACGACAUGUGAAGCGGAAGCUUUCUAAAUCAGAUGACUGAAAUGUAAGUGUUUCAGCCUUUGUAUUAACCAUCAGUCACACACAUGUUUUAACAGUCACCUUGUUGGUUCAGUCAUCUGUGUGUGUGUGUGUG